AUGGGAAAAUUGAAAAGUGGAAAUCAGAAGAGUGCAGAAGCGCAGCACCUGAAGCGCCUGCGUCACCCGUGCAUCGUGGGGUUCAUAGACUUCGUGGAGACGCAGGACUCUUUGUUCAUAGUGCAGGAGUUCAUGAAAGAAGGAGAAUUGUUUUACAAAAUUGUCGAAAAAGGAUCUUUUUCGGAGCCCCAGGCUUGCUUCGUGGCCCACCAAGUCUUGGCCGCCGUGGUCUUCAUGCACCAGUCCAGCGUCAUCCACAGAGACAUAAAACCCGAAAACAUUUUGAUUUCCGAAGAAGUCGAAGACGGAUUCUACAAAGUCAAAAUUGCAGACUUCGGGCUGGCCAAGACUUUGCUCACCAACAAAGUCCUGGCGACUUCCAUGGUGGGAACUCCGCAGUACUGGGCUCCCGAAGUGCUCAGCUGCGGCGCGAACCGCCACAGCAGCAGCAGCAGCAGCAGCAGCAGCAGCUACAGCUUCGAGGCGGACAUUUGGAGCUUCGGGGUUUGUUUGUACGUCUUUUUGGGGGGCACUUAUCCCUUCGAAGGCUCUGCGAGUUCGCUGCGGCAAAUGGUGUUAAAUGGCCGUUUCCACUUUCGCCAUGCGCGUUUUUCCCGGGUGUCUGAGGAGGCGAAGGAUCUGAUCCGGCGAGCACUGGUGGUGGAUCAGAGCAGAAGAAUAACAGAAAGAGAGAUAUUCUACCACCCGUGGAUGAUGCGGUGGCUGUGCGAAAGCGACCGAAUCCGCUUUGCGCUGGACAGCAGCAGCAGCAGCAGCAGCAGCAGCAGCAGAAGCGUUUCCUUCGGCUUCAUGCCUCCUCUGCCUCCGCUGGCCUCCGCGGCUCUUCCCUACCCGCUUGCUGCGUGGCGCGCGGCCGCUGCUUCGCCCGCCUCGCCAGCAGCAGCAGCAGCAGCAGCAGCAGCAGACGCAGCAGUGGAGGCGCGCCCGGGCAGCGACCCCUACGAAGUGUCUGUGGGGCCGAUGCUGCCGGGAUUCCUGAAGACGAGCCGGCCCAUUCCGCCCUUCCACCUGCCGCUGCUGCUGCCGCUGCAGCUGCAUCUGCUGCUGUCCACGCACUUGCUGCUGCUCUCCCUCAGGGGCCCCGCCUGGGGGCCCCAGGGGGGCUCUUUGUCCCCCAUGUUUCUCCUCGCGGAGAAGAUCCAGAAGGACUUGUGGGGUCUCCAGCGGAGUGUACAGACAGCUGUCGCUUUCUUCGAACUCACCGCCACUUCUGCAAUUGAAACCAUUAAUGACAUUCGCGCCCUUUGCUCAGACCCCCAGGGGGGCCCCCCGGGGGGCCCCUAUGGGGGGGGCCCCUACGGGGGAGGGGCCCCGGGGCCCCCCGAGGGUACUGAAGAAGCCGUUUUGGAGUUGUUUGGAGAAAUAAGAAAAUGGAUUUGCGAAAUGCAAAGAGAAGGAGAAAGACUGGGCCACAGAUAUGAACUGGCGGAGUCUUCAGUUUCAGACCUUAUUUGCUGCGUCGUUGCUGCUCUUUCUGCGGGGACCUCGCAGCAGCAGCAGCAGCAGCAGCAGCGAGCAGCAGCAGCAGAAGCCAGCGACGCGCCCUCAGGGGCAGAGACGCCGCUUUCUAUGGAGCUGGGGGAAGCAGAAGCUCUUAAUUCAAUUAACUCUUUGAGAGGCUCCAUUAGUUCGGUUCCCGAGCAGGAGCAGCAGCAGCAGCUGCAGCAAAUGCAGCAGCAGCAGCAGCAAAUGCAGCAGCAGCAGCAGCAAAUGCAGCAGCAGCAGCACCAGGUGCAGCAGCAGCUACACCAAGUGCAGCAGCAGCUGCAGCAACAGCAAGUGCAGCAACACCAGCGGCAGCAAGUGCAGCAAGUGCAACAAGCGCAGCAAGUGCAGCCGAAGCAGCAGACACAGCAGCAGCAGCAGCAAGUGCAGCAGCAGCAGCGGAAGGAGGAGUCAGCAGCAGUUCUUCAGCAGGCGUUGAUAUCUCCUGUUUUUGCUGCUCAUCCGGCGGCAGCUGAGCAGCAAACUCGAGAAGCUAAUUUGCUGGAAGAGGGAAUUGACGUGUGGGGCGGCAGCAGCAGCAGCAGCAGCAGCAGCAGCAAGGGGCGGAUGGACAUGCUGCGGGAGUUCUUGGGGGCGAGUUUGCGGCGCAUGCUGUACAGCUGCGCGGAGCUGGACCGGAAGCCAGCAGCGGCGGCAGCAGCAGCAGCAGCAGCUGCAGCAGCAGGAGGAGCAGCAGCAGCAGAGCAGCAAGAAGUGGCAGCGGGAGUGGAAGCCUGGAGCCAAGUGGCCCUUCCAGACCCUUCUGUCGUGACAGAAGAAAUUUUGGAUUUUUUAUUUCUUUCGACGGAAGCAGCAGCAGCGCGGGAGCAGCAAAUGCGGCAAAGCGGCUGCAGCAGCAGCAGCAGCAGCAGUUAUGCGAGCUACAACAAGGACAGCCAAAACAACGCGCCCAGAGACGUCCAGGCGGCACUCAGCUUCGAAAGCAUAGCAGCAGACAACGAACCUGCUGCUGCUGCUGCUGCUGCUGGUGCUCCCGCUGCAGCAGCAGGAGCAGGAGAAAGCAGCAGCAGCAGCAGCAGCGGGUCUGGCGAGACGGCGUGCACGGAGCUGCUGCUGUGCAGCCCGUCUGCCCCCCCCGCAGCAGCAGCAGCGGGAGCAGCAGCAGCAGCAGGAGGCGAGGGCCGCGGGUGCGGGAGCAGCAAGAAGCGGAAGGAAGCAGCAGCAGCAGCAGCAAAGGGACGGGACAUGGCUGCGGAAAUUGCGGUGUCGCGACUGCGGCUGCGGACUCUGGAGAAGCUGCGAGAAGCAGAUUGCAUUUUAGUUUUUGUCGGAAGUUUUUUCGGAAACUUCGACUUAAUUCUGUCGCGGCUGCUGCAGCUGCAGCAGACCACGGAGGCGCUGGUGCGGCCGCGCGAGAAGAACGCAACUCUGAAAAAAGUAAUUUCAAAUAAAGUGGAAAGGCUUUUGGCGGCCUGGGUGAAGUUCCGCACGCACGCUCGGGUGUAUCUACAGCUCGCCGCCGAGCGCAACAGCAAGCUGCUGGACCUGAAGCUGCACAUACAGCUGAGGACCGACCAGGUCGACGCGAUCAAGGCCCUCAAAAACUGA